AGCCCGCCCCGAGGCCCCGCCUCGCAGCGGCUGUUGCUAUAGCAGCCCAGAAAGCGCCAUGGCUGCCGCCGGCCAGCAAGAAGGGUCUUUGACGCAGCCGGCGGCAGCCCCAGCCAAGUCACCGUCAGCUUUGUCACAGCCAGCAGCUCCCAUCCGAGGGAGGCCUAAGAAAUGUCUAGUUUAUCCGCACCCCCCGAAGAGCUCCUGCCUGUCCCGCUCCGUACUGCGCUGGCUCCAGGGCCUGGAUCUCAGCUUCUUCCCCAGGAACGUCAACAGGGAUUUUUCAAAUGGCUUCCUGAUUGCAGAAAUAUUCAGUAUAUAUUACCCACGGGAAGUUAUGAUAUCUUCCUUUGAAAAUGGUACCUCUUUAAAAGUCAAGUUGGAUAACUGGGCACAGCUGGAGAAGUUCCUGGCAAGAAAAAAAUUUAAAUUGCCUAAAGAAUUAAUUCAUGGAACAAUUCACUGUAAAGCUGGAGUGCCUGAAAUACUGAUACAAGAGGUUUACACUUUGCUAACACAUCGAGAAGUCAAAAGUAUCCAGGAUGACUUAGUGAACUUCACAGACUAUAGUUACCAGAUGCGUUUACCCCUGGUUGCCAGGUCUACAGCCUCAAAGUCUAUUAAAGAUAACAUUCGGUUAUCAGAAUUACUAAGCAAUCCCAACAUGCUCAGCAAUGAACUUAAAGUAGAGUUCCUCUUUCUUUUACACAUGUUGCAAAGAAGAUUAAACAGGAAACUGAAUCCGAAAUGGUUUGAUGUCAAAUCAACAGUGGGAGAAGUUACUCUCAACCAAAUUCCUGCCCAAGCCUCUGGGAGCAGCUAUAAUUCAAAGAUUUUGAGGAAAAGAGCUGUCCCUGUUUCAUCAAAUACAGAUAAUGGUGGCAGUUCACUUAGACACAUUCAUGUGAAACAAGCUGGAAAAUAUUCUGAUGACUCUAUCAUGAAACCCACCAUUAAUUUGGAAGAGAAACCAUGAAACGCACCUUCAAGGGCUUUGAAGAAGUGAUGCCACCAUCUCUUGCCAUACUAAAGGGAUAUGAUCUCUUAGUCUUGGAUGUAUUUCAAUAAUAAAUAAAGUAGUGUCUUACCCAUAAA